AUGACCAGUAUCAAGGUUGUUGCGCGAUUUCGUCCGCAGAAUCGCACUGAGAUUGAACUUGGAGGGCAGCCUAUAGUUGAAUUUGAGACCGCAGACACAUGUCGUCUAGAUUCUAAAGAGGCCGCCGGAACAUUCACAUUUGAUCGUGUGUUUGAUAUGAACUCGCGGCAAAAAGAUGUGUUUGAUUUCUCCAUAAAAUCGACAGUCGACGACAUUCUGAACGGUUACAAUGGAACCGUGUUCGCAUAUGGCCAGACUGGCGCGGGGAAGUCGUACACUAUGAUGGGCACCGAUAUCGAUAAUGAUGAGGGUCGCGGGGUAAUUCCUAGAAUCGUCGAGCAAAUAUUCGCUAGUAUUUUGUCAAGUCCUGGCUCAAUCGAAUACACUGUGCGGGUAAGCUAUAUGGAAAUUUACAUGGAACGCAUCAGAGAUCUUCUGGCUCCUCACAACGAUAACCUCCCUGUCCACGAAGAGAAAAGCAGAGGUGUUUACGUGAAAGGUCUACUUGAAAUAUAUGUCUCAAGCGUACAGGAGGUGUAUGAAGUAAUGCGUAGGGGCGGAAAUGCUCGAGCUGUGGCAUCAACUAACAUGAAUGCUGAAUCUUCAAGGUCACAUUCUAUCUUUGUUAUAACGAUCACUCAGAAAAAUGUUGAGACGGGCUCAGCUAAAAGUGGACAACUCUUUCUAGUAGAUCUAGCCGGCAGUGAAAAGGUUGGAAAGACUGGGGCCAGUGGCCAGACUCUAGAGGAAGCAAAAAAGAUCAAUAAGAGCCUUAGUGCCCUCGGAAUGGUUAUCAACAACUUGACUGAUGGGAAAUCAUCCCAUAUUCCUUAUCGAGACUCGAAGUUGACCAGAAUCCUCCAAGAAAGUUUGGGUGGAAAUAGUCGGACGACACUAAUAAUCAACUGUUCACCAAGUAGCUAUAACGCGGAAGAAACCUUAGGAACUUUAAGAUUUGGCAUGCGAGCAAAGGCGAUCAAAAACAAGGCAAAGAUCAAUGCCGAAAUCAGUCCAGCAGAGCUUAAGGCUUUGCUCAAGAAAGCCCAAUCACAGGUUACAACUUUUGAGCAGUAUGUCCACACUCUAGAUGCCGAAGUUCAACAAUGGCGAUCUGGUGAUAGUGUACCUAAGGAAAAAUGGGUGCCGCCCCUGGAAAUUGUAAAUGCAGCUAAGCAAAAGUCACAAACACCAAGAUCUGCCACUCCCUCGCGUCUCCAAACAGAAAGUCGAUCAGAGACGCCAGCUCUUCAUGAUCGGUCCUCAACACCUGUUGGGUUCGAUAAAGACGAGCGCGAGGAAUUUCUUCGACGUGAGAACGAACUACAAGAUCAGAUUUCUGAAAAGGAGACGCAGAUUGCUUCGAUCGGUAAAGCACUAAACGAAUUCAAAGAGGAAAUUUCGUUUUUGAAGGAACGUGACAAUAAGUCUAUCCGAGAGAACGAAAGGCUCACAGGAGAAGUGAAUGAUUUUCGUAUGCAAGCCGAAAGAUUAUCAUUCGAAAGUAAAGAGGCCCAGAUCACUAUGGAUAGUCUCAAAGAAGCCAAUGCAGAGUUAACUGCAGAGCUUGAUGAUGUCAAGCAACAAAUACUCGAUGCUAGAGUUUCUAACAAGGAGACUACUGCCUUUCUAGAUGAAAAAGAGAAAAAAAAAGCGGAAAAGAUGGCCACUAUGAUGGCUAGCUUUGAUCUAGGAGGUGAAGCUUUUGGUGAUAAUGAAAGGUCACUCCAGAGAGUAAUUGAGAAAGCUGAAGACUUACGCCAACAGUCGUCCAUUGGUAAAGUCAUAGCUGUGGAGGACUUUUCAGAAUUUUGUACAGCACUGGUUGAAACGCAAGACAUAAUCCGUCAAGCAGAACUCUCUCUAUACGGAAAUUCAAAUACCGAAACAACGAGCAAGGUUGUAAAAGAGCUACAAACCCGGAUCGUUCAACUAGAACGUGAGCGCGAGGAGCUUCUUGAGAAAAAUCUUAGCGAAUUAGAAGUGAAUGAAAUAAAAGAACGCCUAGCCGAAGCUUACGCCUCUAGGCACGAUAUACAAUCAUCUCUUGUUUCCGAAUUAAGAGCCGAAAUCACUCAGAAAACAAUGGAACUUCAAAGCUUCAAAGCUAUCAAUGAAGAUCUACAGAUAAAAGCUAAGACUGACGGUAGUAUUCCAACUGCCAAUGGUAAAACAGUACAACAACAGAUUGCUGAGUUUGACUCAAUGAAAAAAAGCCUAAUGCGAGAUCUCCAAAAUCGCUGUGAGCGUGUGGUCGAACUCGAAAUUUCCUUGGAUGAGACAAGAGAACAAUAUAAUAAUGUUCUUCGCUCAUCGAAUAGCCGUGCACAACAGAAAAAAAUGGCAUUUCUAGAGAGGAAUCUUGAGCAGCUCACUCAUGUACAGCGACAACUAGUUGAGCAGAACAGUGGAUUGAAGAAGGAAGUGGCUAUAGCAGAACGUAAACUAAUUGCUAGAAAUGAUCGUAUUCAAUCCUUAGAGAAUUUAUUACAAGACAGCCAGGAAAAGCUAAGUGCAGCUAACCAUCGUUUCGAGUCUCAGCUUUUAGCCGUAAAGGAACGUCUCGAGGCAGCAAAGCAGGGCAGCACUCGUGGUCUUGGAUCCCAAACGGAUGCUGGAUUCUCAUUCGGUGGGGCUGGCAGCCGUAUAGCCAAACCACUACGUGGGGGUGGUGGGGUAGAAACAGCUGUCAUUCCAACUAUCUCCAGCCUUCAGAAUGAAGUAUCCGGAAACAACAGCACAGGAAAAAGAAGUAGUUGGUUCUUUUCAGGGCAGAGGUGA